AUGGAGGGGGUCACAGUCGGCCAGGUAUUUGAUGCGGAAUGCAUCCUCAGCAAACGGCCGAGAAAGGGGAAGUUUGAAUAUCUGGUGAAGUGGAGGGGGUGGUCGUCCAAGCACAACAGCUGGGAGCCAGAAGAAAAUAUUUUGGACCCAAGGUUACUGGCAGCAUUUCACAAAAGAGAACAAGAGCGGGAGCUUCUGUUCCAGAAGAAAGGAAAGAGGCCGAGAGGACGACCACGGAAGAUUCUGCCUGCACCAACCGCCACCAAGGACAGCCGCUCCUCGUCCUCCUCUUCCUCCGGCCUCUCGUCUUCGGCCUCCUCCUCGUCCUCAGAGGAUGAAGAUCACACGAAGAAAGCGAAGCGUGUCCAUCCUGUCCCCCAGAAGAGGCCCCAGAUCCUGCUGGCCAAACCCGACCCCCCCCGCAAGAAGAAGCGUGGGAGGAAGCCGCUGCACCCGGACCUAAGGGCUUUAAGACAGGCGAAGAGCAGACCUCCUGCUCCAUCUCCUCCUCCUCCCCCUCCUCCUCCUCCUCCUCCUCCUCCUCCACGACACCACCAGGCGCUCAGACUGCUCAGAGAUGAGCCUCGGCCCGGGGUGAAGAAGCCUCUGCAGCCGGCCAGCUUCACCUACACAGGGCUGAGCAGGAGCUCCAGAGACGAGGCUGCCUCUGCCUCCCAGACCUCCGCCAGCUCCUUCUCCCAGACCGCUGCCUCCAAACCCGGAUCCCUUAGCUGCAUCUGGACCAACCGCUCCCUGUCCUCCUCCUCUUCAUCCUCCUCCCACAACAAAGCCAGUCCUUCAGCACAAAAUAAGAACUCUGCGUCCGAGCUGAAGCGGUCUAUGUCCGAAUCCGGCAGCAGAGGAGACGGAUUCAAAGUGUCGCCUCUGAAACAAAGUGGCAGUUCGGGAUCGUUGGGUUUGCACAGCAGCUUCGGGGGGGGCCAGGCGGUGGCCCAGCGCUCCCAGCUGGGCCAGCGGAGGCAGGAGGGCGUCGGAGGCCAGAGCGGGUUGGUUCAACACAAGCAGCAGAACUCUGGCCUUUCCAAACCGUCGUCAUUAUCCUCACCCACACCUCGAGACCGAGCCAACCAGGCACUGAGCCUCCGAGCCCUCAACCUGCAGAGCGUCAGCAAGCUGCCGGCCGGCAGCAGCACAAGCAGCGCCAUGGUGGCAGCGUCUAGGUCAAGCUUAAGGAGCGGCGGCGGGAUUGUCGUAAAAGGAGGAGUGGGUAGCAUCAAAGAGACUCGGAUGUCAGCUGGAGGGCAGCGCUCUGGUUUGGCUGCAGGCGGCACUGCAGAGCCGGGCAGGGGGAAGGAGAUGAUGGCAGGAGGCAGCUCCAGCCGAGGGAGCGGCGGCGGCGGCAGGCAGGAGGACAGGAAACACGGGCUGAGCUCUCAGAACCGGAGCCUGAACGAGCUCAGCACCGGAGACUCGGACGAGACCAGCAGCAGCGAAUCAGAGCACGAUGACACCGCCUUGUAUCCCAGCAAGAGCCGGCCCAGCCUUGGCAACGACGCCACCGAGUCGGAUACAGAGACGGACUGGCGGCCGACCCGCAGCCUCUUGGAGCACGUGUUUGUCACCGACGUCACGGCCAACUUUAUCACGGUCACGGUGAAGGAGUCUCCUACCAGCGUGGGAUUCUUCAACUCACGAAAUCACUGAGGGACGUCUGUGCUCAGCCUGACAUCACUUCCUGCCACAGCUCUCAGGGUUCCUACAGCUCUGGAACUUCAUCCACAAACAGCUCACAGAAGUUUUUCCACAAAGAGAUGCACAAAACGUUUGGACGACACAGUUUCAAUAAUCCAGUGAUGUUACAUAAAGACAAAAACAUGGUGAAGAGAUCACCUCUGGUUCAGCAUUUGUAGAAACAUUGUAGGAACCCUGAUGUUUAGAUCCCAUUUACACCUGGUGUUAAAAUGCAGUCUGUGUCUGGAGAAGGGAAAACUGACAAAGACUUAGGUUUUUCAUUCAGUCACCUAAACAGGAAACAGGAAACAGUCACUGCAAAAACCUUCCUACAAGAAGUCAAAAGAGUUGACUUCGACAGGAAAGAGCCCAUGAUGAGUUUGCCUGCUGCACCUGUGCACAGGAGAAACUCAGAUCCAGUUUCUAAAGUAAAACACCUCUGUAGUUUUCUGUUGACAGCUUUAACGUCCUGUAAUCUGCGACAUGAAAUCCUCUCGUUCAUUUUUCACUGAUCAAAACAAACAUGGUACUUUGAGCUCAGGCUCAAGCACGAGACAUGACUCUUAACAAAAAUCAUUUCUGAAGCAUGAAGCCAUCAGAGUGUAAACUGAACAUUCACAGGACAGUGAAUUCAACCAGAUGCUCUUCAAAAGUGGACAAAAACCAGUCCAGGACAUCAGACAAAUUCUGGAGCUGCAACAAUUAGUUGAUUAAUGUAUUGACAGGAAAUGAAUUGGCCAGUAUUUUUUUUUAAU